AUGAAUUCAAAAAGUGUUGCAACCAUUACCUUUCUUGCUCUCUCCUUUAACAUAUUUUUCCUCACCGCCGUUAGCUCCGCUCAGGCACCGACCGUGUCACCACCUCUGAAUUGUCCAAGUGAUCUCCAUGUUUGCGUCACUCUAUUGCAAGAUCUGGUGAGCGUUGUGGUUGGCCCUCCACAAUCCAAACCUUGUUGCUCCCUCCUUGCUAAUCUUGUUGAUCUUGAUGCUGCACUGUGUCUUUGUAUAUCAAUCAAGGCUAAUGUUUUGGGAAUAAACCUUAAUAUUCCCUUAAAGGUAGUGCUUGAUGUUUGUGGACGUAGUACUCCUAAUGACUACGUAUGUCGUUAA